CCACAUUCGGCUUACAACACGUAGGAUAAAUACAAUUCUCAAAUUACUCGGCCGAGCAUUCGUGUCAUCGCGCGCCUACCUUGUGCUGCGCGCCACUUUCUUCGGUCAUCUUCCUCCGGUUUCUGAUCGUGUGAAGUACAAGGUGCGGGGGAAAAAUAAAUGCAAAUAAAAGUUGACUUAAAGAUCACUGAAAAAGUAAUUAAGAAACGUUUAUAAUCUAUUACAUUUCGAUGCAGUGACGUUUUAAAUAUAACAGAAUAAUUCGCAUACGUACACAAUCGAUCGAACCGCACGUGUUACAAGCAAUAAGAAAAAAUAAAACGGAGUUUAGUGAUCAACGUCGUCGGAAUAGAAGACAAAAAGAAAAGAGCAUAUAAAAGAAUUUCGAGAGGAAAAUAAAAGCAGGGAAAAAAAUCCGAAGUUACGUCAAAGAAACGAGGAGGCCAAUGUUCUUCAAUAGAGUGAAUGGAGCAGGCGCAACUUUGCCGAUUUUACUGGCCCUCUUGGGGAGCGUCUUGACCGCGGAAAAUGGAACAUCUUCGGUACCACCCGAUAAUUCGCCCUUGGAUCAGCUAGCGCCGGAGUCACCUGCACCUCCGGUUCUGGCAUCGCCGAUCCCGAAACCUGAAAAUCUGUUACCGGGAAUGUUGUACCCUCGGGAGAGCGAGUCUCGCGAGGUAAAAUCCUUGGAUGGAAUGUGGGACUUUUUGGUAUCGCCUUCCGGAGACGCUCUGAAGGGAUACAGGGAGGCUUGGUUUACCAAGGAGUUGAGACAGGUAGGCGAGGUGUUGAAAAUGCCGGUCCCCUCAUCGUACAACGACAUCACCACUUCCAGUGAACUGCGCGAUCAUGUGGGGGCCGUUUGGUACCAGAGGUCAUUUUUCGUACCAGUUGCUUGGACUGAAAAACGUGUUUUCAUCCGGUUUGGGUCAGUUAAUUAUCUCGCCCAAGUGUGGUUGAACGAUAACUUGGUGACGAACCACGAGAUGGGUCAUCUUCCAUUCGAGGUGGAAAUAAGCGGGAAUCUGAUUUACGGUGGUAAAAAUUACAUCACCGUUGCAGUUGACAACACGUUAUUGCAAACCAGUGUACCCCAGGGUCGAGUCACGGAAGUGGUAACAGACGAGGGUGUCACUCACCAACAGAGCUACACUUUUGACUUUUUCAACUAUGCUGGUAUCCACAGGCCCGUUCUGCUCCACACAAAGCCCAGAGUGUACGUGGAGGAUAUUUCCAUAAAAACCAAUGUGAUCGCGGACACGGGAAUCGUCAAGUACAUCGUAGAAGCUGCAGGCCUGAAUCCAGAUGAAGUUCCUACGUGUCGCGUGGCCUUGGCAGACGCGGAUGGAGUGAUCCAACAAACUGCCGAGGGAAUGUCAGGGACGCUCAAAGUUCCUUCUGCGAAACUUUGGUGGGCUCGCGACAUGAGCCCGGAGCCCGGUUACCUUUACACUUUGGAAGUACGACUUUCCGCGCCGAAUGAAACCACGGACGACGUCUACAGACUUCCGAUCGGCAUCAGAACAAUCGCGUGGACCAAUACCACCCUCCUUCUAAAUGACAGGCCCGUUUAUCUACGAGGAUUCGGACGGCAUGAAGAUUCUCCUCUCAGAGGACGCGGGCUCGAUCUAGUCACUAUCGCCAGGGACUACGAACUCCUCCAAUGGGUCGGAGCAAACGCGUACAGAACUAGUCACUACCCCUACAGCGACGAAGUCCUCGACGCAGCCGACAGGCUGGGGUUCCUGAUCAUCGAUGAAUGCCCCUCGGUUGACACCGAGAAUUUUUCCCCAUUAUUGCUCAAACGCCACAAGGAAUCAUUGUCCGAACUCAUAAGGCGAGAUAAAAAUCGACCCUCUGUUCUCAUGUGGUCGAUCGCAAACGAGCCGAGAACCCAAUUUCCCGCAGCAGAGAACUAUUUUCGCCUAGUCGCUGAACACGUGAAAGCGCUGGAUCAAACUAGACCAAUUACCAUUGCCCUGGCCCGAUCCGUCCAGGAAGAUAAGGCAGGUCAGUUCUUGGACAUCAUUAGUUUUAACCGAUACAAUGCCUGGUAUAGUAACACUGGGAGAUUAGAUAUGAUAACCGCAGAGGUUCAGCAGGAGGCUGAGGCAUGGCACAACAAGUACAAUAAGCCUGUUCUUAUGUCGGAAUAUGGAGCAGACACGAUGCCUGGAUUACACGAGCUACCCGCAUUCGUUUGGAGUGAGGAAUAUCAGUCGCAAUACUUGUCAAAACACUUCAAGGCAUUUGAUCAGCUGAGAAAUCAGGGAUUUUUCAUUGGUGAAUUUAUUUGGAACUUUGCUGACUUCAGGACAGCUCAGACUUACACCAGAGUCGGUGGCAACAAAAAGGGAUUAUUUACAAGAGACAGACAGCCCAAACAAGCUGCACAUUAUGUACGAAAGAGAUAUCAUCAUUUGGGUGCUGAAGUGGACGAUGCUCCACUACCAAAGGACUUGGAGAGUUAUGUGUCUUCUUACUUUAUUGACCGAUCAGAACUUUAGAAACAAAUGUAGAUGAUCUUGGAAUUUUGGCGAUGAAUUUUCAUCAAAGAAUACGCGGUGGGAGAGAAAGGAAAAUUUCAAAGCCAAGCAAGUUGAGAAGCCCUUACAAACUGGACGAUAAUGCGUAUGCCGAUGAAUUUAAAUGUAAUAAAAUCUCCAUAUAUCUCGUA